AUGGCAGGGCUUGGUACUGGAGCACCAAUCGUGAAGGUGUAUCAUGAGAAAUCUAUAAUCUUACCAGAUGUGUCAAGGGUGCUUGCAUGCCUGUACGAGAAGGAAAUCGACUUUACGAGAGAGACAUUCUCCUCUUACAAGAGCCUACUCAGACUUCAGGCAUCGGGCCAUGUUCCAGUUCCAUUCUAUGAUGGACCUAAUAAAUUCCUAGAAGAAUCAAGAGAAAUCUGCCGCCAUAUAGCAGAGACUUAUGAAGAUCAUGGAUACCCAUUUCUCCUUGGGAAGGAUUCCCUUGAGAGGGCUUCCAUCGAGGAAUGGCUCCACCAUGAAGAACAUAAUUUCAAUCCUCCGAGCAGAUCCUUGUUCUGCCACUUGGCCUUUCCUGUUGCUGAAGAAGAUGAUGAUAUAGACUUGCAGACGAGAAAGCUAGAAGAUGUUCUGGAAGUUUAUGAGCAAAGGCUUGGUGACAGUGAAUUCCUUGCUGGCAACAAGUUCACUCUUGCUGACCUCGUACACCUGCCAAACUCCUACCACAUCACAAAUUCUGAGAAGUUUCUGUACCUGUAUGAUUCAAGGAAGAAUGUGCAGAGGUGGUGGCAUGAUAUUUCUAGCCGGGGUUCUUGGCAGAAGGUGCUGAAGGUUAUGCAUGAGGUGGAGCGGCAGAACAAACAGGAGGAACUUGACAAGCAGCAGCAGCGCAAACAGGAGGAACUUGAGAAGCAGCAACGGCGUCAGUGGCGGAGACAGCAUCCUCCAACCAGCAGAUCCCCGUUCCGUCUAGACUCCCGGGAGCAACCCAGCACAAAACCUCACACGAUAUUGGUUCGCCCCCCUGCUAGUAUCAUCGCUCCCAAGGCUCCUCAAGCAGAGGAGCCUCAUCCUACUGAAACUUCCCGUGAUGAAACACCAGUCUCCUCAAGCAUAAGUAUUCCUACCACUCAUAAAGCUCCAGAUAUCCGAAGCAAACACACUAUCAUUUCUACUACACAUGAAGAAAGACCACCAGCCUCCCUCCAAAGUACUCCUAGAAUUCCUGAAAAAUCUCCUAUUCCUGUCGAAAGAAGAAUCAAUUUUUUUACCCCAGCUACCUCUCCUAUCACUGAGAAACCCUCAAGAAACGGUGCUGAUAAGUCCAGAAUUAGAGAUGCCCCACUUCCUUCUGAAGCCACUGAAAUAGACCUCCCUACUAAAUCCAAGCCAAGUUCAUCCAAAAAAGCAUCUGAUAACCUUCACGAUUUCUAUGAGGCAAGCAGACAUACAGAUGAAGCAGAACCUUAUACUGGAUCCAUCUCACAAAAACCUUCAGAAAUGCUGGACGAGAUAUCUGAAACUGAUGGGCCCAGCAAUGCCAUUGAUCAUGCCGAAACCAGUCCAAGAUCAGCUAAAGAAGAUUCUGACCGACUCAGGACGUCAGGUUUCUGGACUGAGAACACAGCCCCCACUGCUGAUACUCAGGAUAAGAAAUCAGUUCGAUACACUGAGCGUACUUCACAAAGACCUGUUGGAAAUAUUUCUAGCAGGGCUACUGACCAGAGAGUUACAUAUACUUCUCCUGCGAAGCCCCAUUCAACUGAAGCUCAUCAGAAACUGCAGUCUGAGCAGUGGCAUGCUGCUGUAGCUGGGUUCCCUGCUGACCGCAGAAAAGAUGCUUCUCUUCCUAAGGGUGCACGAGAUGACACUCAAGCUAUUCCAUUAUAUGAUGAUGAUACCAACCAGGAAGCCAGAGAAACUGCAUCUGCACCAAGGCAAACAAGAGCUCAAGAUCCAUAUGAUACCUCUGAAGGAACAUCAUCCAGAUCACAACCUAUCAGUGCUCCACAUGAUGCUGUUCCUCCGCCCAAGCAAGCAACAUCUGAAGGCCCUUAUGCACGAAAGGAUGUUGUGGAAGCAAGAAGGUUCCAUGUUGACCGCAGAAAAGAUGCUCCUCUCCCGAAGCGUGUACGAGAUGACACUCAAGCUAAUCCAUUAUAUGAUGAUGAUGAUGAUACCAACCAGGAAGCCAGAGAA